AUGACUUCCGAGGCUCCUGAGUCCACCUCACCAAUCACUGUCACCGAGACCGAACACGCGGUCAGAACCUCGGCCAGCGGUCCAAUAACGAUGGAUCGCACGGCCGAGUCCAUGGGCGAGCAAGCAGUCGUCGAAGAUCUGAUGGCGAAGCAGGCCUACAGGAUAGAAACAUCCUUUAUGGCCGCAAUGGACAGAUUCUCCUCGGAGCUAUAG